AUGACGCAAGCCGAGCAACACUUCCAACCUCAGGUUCGGGACACCACUAAUGGCCCAAACCUCCAUACCUAUAUCCCACGCGCCGAUGGUUCUGUCUUGAUUGGUGGCAUCAUCUAUGUCCCACAAUCAAAUGUUGCUACCGCUGCUACUACGACGGUUGGACCAAUGCCUACUUUUGGAGCCCAGCCAUUCAUGGUUCCUCCCGGGGGUCCUGCUAUCCCAACAUUUAAUGUUGCCGCACCGCCAAUUUCGUACCCUCAACCCAUGGCUGCCCCUUUCCAGUACCCACCUUAUCAGCCUUACCCCCAAUACAUGAUCCAGCCUCAGCCUUCUACAACUGGCCUCCCUACUUUCCACAUCAGCCAGCCAGCCUACAACACCAUCGGCCUCACCGGUAGCGACGUCCUCCAGCAACAGCUUGCCACAGCGCAAGGCCUUGAGAUGAACACGAAGCAGGAGAUGAAACCCUCCGACGAUGAUCCUAUGCGCAUGUACUGGGUCCGUGAACUUGACGGCACGUAUACGCAGAGGAACCGCUUGACGAUUGACAUUGGUGACAUUGGUGACUGUCGCUGGUAUGCGCAAGAUGGCGUGUUCUAUGCCGUUAGAUUGCCAUCUUAG